GCGGCGAAGGCUGGGCUGCGAAUGAGUGGGCGCCGGGCGAGCACAGAGGAGCGCGGAGCUGGGCGCCUGGCAGCAGGGCGCAGACUCCGAGCGGCGGCGAGAGAAAGAGAGGGAGCUUCCCGCUGCCAAGGGACCUCCUCUGCCAGAGAACAGAGACCCCGCCCGGGCUCGGGCAGUACUGCACUGGGGCUCGCUCCAGCCGGGCCUGGCGCGCUCGCUAGGCCGCCCUACAAAGCUGGCCGAGAGCUCCGGGACCCGCCCGCCGCCGCCGCCGCGGCCGCCGCGGCCCGCCUCCCGGUGCCGGCCCGCGGUCCAGAGACACGCCAGUGCAGGAAGGCCAGGCCAGCCUCCGCACCAGCUGCGCACCGACCGCACGUGUUCCGAGGGAGGGCCUCCUGGCCCCCCGACCUAAGCCCCCGGCCGCCCAGCCUCUUCCGGGCUCGCGCCGGCUCCCGGGAAAAAGAAACCCAGUGCCCCGCUAGCCUUGCAGGUGCUGGGGACACGUGGAAAGGUCACGCCGGCUCCCGCAUCCAGCCCUGGCCGAGCCGUGGCCCCAUCUUCCGCCGACUGCGUGUGCUCCUGUCUCCCUCUGUCUGUUUCAAACAUAGACGCAGCCCUUUCGGUUUUAUCUUCUCGGUGAGCUUAACCGGGAAGCCUAGGAUAGCGCAAAGAGAACAGAAAGUUCCCCCUCCAGGAGCCGAGUGGGGUGAAACAGCAGCCACAGGUUAACCUCGUUAAGAAAGAAUUUGCGGAAGCGACGCUGCGCUCUCUUUACUCCUCCUCCUAAUAAUCUCAUAAACCAUACUGCGCUCAAUUGUUUAAACAAGGUGCAACUUUUUCUUUUUCUCUUUGCAUCUUGAGAACAGUGCCAGGAUGUGUCACGCAAUGGGAUUGAGACACUAACAUUUACCUAAGCCAAGAAGAAAAAAAGAAACACUUUCAAUGGAUUAAAACCCAUCCUUUUAAGUGCCAGGUUUCCAAAGUAACUGCAGACAUGGCAUUAUGCUAUACAAAUGAUGAUUAAAGUGGGAAUACGGGUAACCAUCACCCUUAUUUACGAUCAUCUUGCCCACUCCUAGAAAACUUUUAAUAGGUUAAAAAUAAAACAUUAAUUAAUCUAAUGUGAUCUAAUUCAGGGUUCUAGUUUUGAAGUAUAAGAAAUUCGAAAUCGAAACUUUGAUUCCUCCUCUUCCCUCCCAAAGAAAAGCUUGCAGGAAAUCCGCCCAGCAGUUUUCUAGGGGAAAUGAAUCAGAAGAAAAGGUAGCAGUGUGUGCUGCCUGGAGGAAGAAGAGACAUAUUUAGAUAAUGGCUUCCAUGGG